UAAUGAUAGAGAGAGUGAGAAAGAGACAGACAGCAAAGCACAGAGAGAUUUGAGUGUGUCCUGGAGCAGUCGGAAAAACUUGCACUGAGAAGACCCUUCAGCCAUCUCCUUUUCUGUGAGGUUUUUGGGACACAGGACCACAGCAAAGAAGGCGGUCCAUACAGGAGGGAGAGGAAAACACAGGGGCUGAUAAGUAGUGUCCACUUUGUCUCCAUCUCUCUCUCCAUCAGCUCUCUCUUUAAACAUGGAGCCCAACAGCCCUAAGAAAAUUCAGUUUGCCGUUCCCCUCUUCCAGAGCCAGCUGGAUCCCCAGGCGGCUGAGCAUAUUCGCAAACGCAGACCAACUCCAGCCACUUUGGUCAUCUACAAUGAGCCCAGUCCAUCAGGAGAUGACAAGCAGACUACAAGCAAUCAAACAGAAGCCCAGAGUGCCCAGCUGUCUCCAGCCCAGAGGAAACAGAGCGUCUACACACCACCUACCAUGAGAGAGCUGCAGCUGGUGGUGGAGCAGCACUUUCAGAGGCAGGAGCAGCAGGAGCCAGGGCUCUCUGACAGCCCAGACACGCCCAGUCCAAUCACAGCACAGCAUUUUACCAACGAAGCUCAAUGGGCCAAUCACAACAGCUCAGAGCCCAAUGGGAAUGAGUCUUAUGUCAGUACUGAGGGGCAGCCAGGCAGCAGUGGGGCCGGGGGAGACAAAGCAGACACCUCAGGAAGUGAGCAGAAAAACUUGAGCAGUCCUUCAUCUGUCUCUCGAUAGCUGUAAUACUGUACCUGGCACACCGUAGACCCUUCCUAAACAUUUCCUGUCCCCUCCACUCUUUGGACUCAGAAGACAUGCUUUCUCUAAUACACAUAUUGUACUUUCUCACAUAUUUAUAAGUUCACUUCCAGUGAUGCCUUCCUUUAAUCAGUUUUAUUUGUGUGAAAUGUAACGCUUGUACUUCACUUUGAAAUAUGUACUGAAGUGAUCUGUCCUGUUUGUUUUUCUAUUUGAUAAAAUGAUAUUUGAAAUAUUUCCAAUAUGUAUAUCUGUGGCAACAGAAACGUGGACAGCAUAUUUUUGGCACUUUCAGAUCAGUUGUAAUAAUUUCCUUUUGGGUAUGGAUUUACUUGUAAAGUAGAGACAAUGAAAUAAACUUUUUUGGAGCUUGAAAAAAAAGGAAUGAUGUAAAUAAUUUUGAGUAUGGUAAGUGCUGUUUAUCUAAUGUUUCUGUCAUUAUGAUUUUAAUUUCCCACUUUCAAAAUGUCAAAAUCAUCUUAGAUAAGUAAACGAAGACCUAAUAGAGCGCUGCAGUGAUGACGUAUAUUUGUAGGCAAAUUAUUAUUAUUAUUUUUUUGCAUUACACUUUAGGAUUUUUCCACUGGCUUUUGGAUUUUUGCAUCUCUGUGUCCAACAAAAGUUUAUAAUUCUUACAUGAUUUGUCCAUCAUGGUAAUCUUCACAAAUUAUCAACCUUUUUGAAGCUUAAAUACAAUCACCAGAAGUAAAAAGCUAAACAUAGACUAUAAACUACACCAUGUCUGCAUGAUUUAAUUUGACGAAUUUUCACAUUACUCUUUUUUUAACACAUAGGUAAUUAUGUCAUUGUGUCCACUGAGUAUAUUGUGUAAAUGAGUACUGUAAGUCUUAGAAUAUUUAGCAAAAGUGCAAAUAAAAACAGCUUGAUUGUAAAAGUGACUUGUGAUCUGAUAAAUUUACCUGUUCGCUUGGAUGACGUUUAAUACUACAACUUCGGUUUAUCCCAUUGUUUGCAAUCCGCUUUUUAAGUCAAGUAUAACCUUUAUAAAAGUCAUGAGAAGUUAUUACUGUUCUAUUUUAUGUUGUAGAAUAAAAAAUAAAAAAAUAUAUAUAUUUUAACCAAUUAACCAAAAAAGACAUCAGGAUAAUAGAAAAGGCUAAAGAGUGCUAAAAUGCAAGUUGCCUACAAAAAUAUGUCAUCUCUGCAGCACACUGUGUUAUUUCUGCUAUAAGACAUAUAAUGAGGAUUAAAGGUGAAGUAUGUCACUUCUGUGCAAUCUAGCAGCACCACACCAGAUUCUUUUCUCUGUGAAAAGAGAAGAAAAAUAAUUGAGAAAAAUCACCUCAUUUAGCAUGGCGACUGUAAGAAUUAAAGUUCUGUUUUCCGUUUAAUUUUUUCUGAUAAAGGCAAUGCUUCUAAAUGUGA